AUGAACGAUCUGCGGACUUCCCUGCUAACUGUUGCUCCCAUUGACGGAACUACGCUGGAAGCCUGUCAACGGUCGAACAAGGAAAUCUGGAAGACCGGCCUCUCCUACGACUCGAGGGAGCUUGAUGUGGUCUUUGGGGAACUGAGACCUGAGCACUUUUUUCUGUCCGGUGUCAAUCCCAAAUUAAUGGAUGCCUACUGCAGAUCCAUUGUAAUUCCCAAGUCCCGUGUUCAGAUUCAGGGACAGGGGGCCAACGGUGAUGGCAGUCGGUCUCUGCUCCCAAAAAGAGAUGGCUUACAGUUGGCAAAGAGUAUAGUAUAUGGCGAAAAGGGCAAACAUUCAACAAUGGAAAACCAACGGUUCAAGGCAUACUUGCGCAAAUACUUUCCCCACGACAAUGUUGUAGUUCAGCCGAUGGACCAAAUCAUGCAGAGUAAGCAAAAUCUUUCACUCCUUUAGGAAAAAUUGCUCGUAGUGAGCUGAGACUAAGAACCGUUUGUAAAUACGAUGCAGUAGGUGUGCUAAUGCAUGAAAUGUUAACCAAAAUGUCGAGGUGAGUUUUCGUUUUUAAAAGAUUACUUAAACAGGGCUUUAAAAAUAAUCGUCAUGCAGCAUAAUUGUAUAACAAUUCAAUAACCUUGGAAUGCUGGCUUUUGAACGAAUAUCUUUCCGGGGACGUGCAAACACCACGCAAUAAAAAAUGACUACUUACAUAACAUGCAUUUUCACAUUGAUUUUCGGAUCCCUCAAAAAUGCUAUUAUGUUUCAUGGAAAACAUGCAUAAAAAUAUUCAUUCUUCUAUUCAUUCGGUAGAAAAUUAUGUCUUCUUGCAAUUUUAUACUCGAAGGAAGAGUAUAAUUUGGUUUUAAAAAGUUUCUCAUUGUGAGAUUUUUUAAUACCGUGAAAUGCCCGUUCAUAAAAUAUCGUGUCUCUGCAUUUACUUAUGUUGCUUGUAAAGUUUGCAAUAUGUCUUGAGUUCACCGCUAAAUUUUAUGAACCCCAUGUGAUGUCCUCUUAACGCUGUAGAGAAAUAUAUGGUUUUACGUACACAGAAGACACGUGGUUUGUAGUUUGCAAAGCUUGAACGCGAGCAUAACGGCAGGUCGGCUUCAAAAUUAUUCAGGAAUUAGAAAAGUUUUUCAAAACCGAAUUAUACUCUUCCUUCGCGUAUAAAAUUGGAAGAAGAUGUCAUUUUCUAUCGAAUAAAUAGAAGAAUGAAUAUUUGUAUGCAUGUUUUCCAUGAAACAUUAUAGCAUUUUUGAGGGAUACGAAAAUCAAUGAAAAAAAUGCAUGCCACUUAAGUAGCCAUUUUUUACGGAGUGCGGUUUUUGUAUGCCCCCGGAAUGAUGUUCGUUCAAAUAACAGCAUCCCGAGGUUAUUGAGUUAUUAUAAAAUUAUGCUGCAUGAUGAUUAUUUUUAAAAACCUUGCUUAAGUAAUCUUUACCAAACGAAAACGCAUUUCAGAAUUUCUGUUAACAUUUCAUGAGUUAGCACGCCUACUGUAUGUAGCAAAUAACUAAGUUUAUGAAAAAAACUACGGGUUCCAUAUGCCCGAGCUAAAGGACGUGUGAUCAUCUACAAUUCCAAAUAAUGAGUGUAUCCUUGAGUAUUCAAAGUUUGCCGAAAAUCGCCUAAAUUAUAUCUCCUCAUAAGACGUAGGUCCCUUUUUCGGGAACAUGAUUUUACCUGUCAAUUUCUGCGUCACCACCAGUUUAGCCAAAUACGAUGUAAAUUCAAUAACCAAGGGUGGCAACUUACUUCGAACAAACAUAUUAGAUCGAAGAGUUUAUGGAAAUGCCUUUUUUAGAACAAAAGUCAAAUAAGUGAGUAUUAUGGCAAAUUGAAAAACAUGGAGCUUUGGAAGUCUUCACCAUGUUGACAAAGCUUUGAUGAAUAACCUAUUGAAAUUAAAUGAGACCCGAUUAGGAAAUCACAACCUUUUUGUCAACUUUAGUACGGUCCUUCCUAUUCCGUGUGGAGUUUGAAGGUGAUUUUUAGCAGUUUACUAUAAAAGUCUGUUAACAUAAAAAACUGAUAGUUGUCGAGCAUGUUUUUCUUCUCAAACACGAAUCGGCAUUUGGUCAGUUAUAUCUUUAGGAGCUCACUCGUGAGCAGUUCUGAUUCAUUGCUACUGUUAAAUUAGAGUAGUUGGUAUUUCUGACUUAUGACGAUUCAUCAUAGUUGGCUUCAUAUCAAACUACCGAAUUGGGCUGAUGGUAGGGUCAAGUUCACGUCUAGGGCUAAAGGAAGGACCAGGAUCAUGGUUAGAUUUUGGGUUUGGAUUAGAAACGAGUUUGGGCCGACAGCUUAGUUCGGAAUAAGUGAUAAGAGUUUAGGGGUUAGUCAGAAAUUCCGACUACACAAAAAAGUAGAGGGAAAACACCGUACAACUUGCACGCGAUCCCUAAAGAUGUAUCUUUCCGUUUAGACUUCCAACUUGCAGUUAAUCUCCCAGGCGACCACAUCAAGGAACUGGUUUCCAGUGUUCUAAGGAGAUGUCCCCUUCAACUCGUCGGUUGUCCUGGAUUUUCUCCUGUUUUUCCCACGGUCAUCUCCUCCUCCUCCUCCUCCUCCUCCUCCUCCUCCUCCACCUUCACCUCCACCUCCUCCCCGACCCCUUCCUGCUUCUUUUUUUCUUACUCUUCCUUUCAUGUUCUCAUCUUGUUACUCCACCCUCUUUAUUACCAUCCAUUCCUUGGUGAGCACCUCUCAAUUAAAAUACUGUCUAUUAACCCUUAGGUUUCGGCAGAUAGUAAAAUUCCAUAGGUCUCUCAUUUGUUAACCUAUCAGGUGGUCGCACCAAAGGAUUGGUUUCCCAUCCUUUAGAAUCGCCUGGUUUGGUGGAGGUCGAUUUUGUUAGGGAGCCACCUAUUCAAAGAUGCUUUAAAUAAAGGGUUUGGUUUGACGUCCGGUGCCUCCAAGGAGUCACUCCCGACUAUUUUAGAAAUUCCUUCCAUUGAAGUCUGUCGCUCCUCGAAAUCAACCUGAUUUUGGGAAAGUUUACCGUGCAGACACUUGAAUAAGGAGCCCCAUAUUGCAGGUAACCGUGAACCAAAUUCAAGCGGCGGGGGGAAUUAGAUUAGUGGGGAUUACCAUAGAAGACAAGGAAGGUUGGGAUGACCACUUAUGAGUUCUCGGGUGUCCUUAGCCAGCCUUACCCGACCCCGAACUUUUGGAGCAACUGAUUCCUAAAUAUCCUGAAGAGGAAAGUAUGGAAAAGCCUCUGCAACCUCUCCAAAAGAAGCUAGCUGAAGGUUGAUCCCACGUGGAAGACUGUUUGUUGCGAAUCCUGCUACCAGCCCAAGAAAUUGGCCAUUUGUCACCACCACCACCACCACCACCACCACCACCACCACCACCAGCACCACCACCACCAGCACCACCACCACCACCAACACCACCAACACCACCGUAUGUUGCAGUCCUUCUUGGGUGUGUCCUUUUUUUUUCCUUCCAGACUUGCUUUUGGCGGCAGAACUCGGGAGCAUAAGGAAGGUCGACCCCAGAAAGAGUUAUGA